AUGACAGGCACCGGAAUCCCGGGUCUUUUCCAGCGUUAUGAGCAGCUGAAAGUCAUUGAACAUACCAAAGAUGCGCUGAUUGAGGACCUACUUUGUCGCGUUUCUGAGUUAGAGAAAGCCUAUCAACAGACUAAACUUGACCAUGAAAGAGAAACCCGAUUCAACCGGGAGGUACAGAUGCAUGAAAUUGAACUUAUGGAACAAAUAACUAGAAUUAAAGCUGUUAUGGAUCAAGAGCCGUUUCUUCUGGUAAUGAUCGACGGUGAUGGUAUGAUCUUUAACGAUACACUGCUCCAACAGGGAGAGCAAGGCGGUAAAGAUGCAGCAAAUCAUCUGUAUGCUUUAAUUCGUGAAUAUUCGAGUCGAAAUCUUUCAACGUUACAGUCUCCCAAAAUUGUGACGAGAAUAUAUGCCAACGUCAGAGGCUUAGCCGAGGCAUGUUUUAAAGCUGGGAUAGUUGAACGACCAGCAAUCAUAGAGGAUUUUGUCCGCGGAUUCAAUGGCAGUAAAUUGCUGUUUGACUUCGUAGACGUUGGAAGUGGGAAAGAUAGAGCGGAUGAUAAAAUUGCAGAGUAUUUUAAACUAAACUUAUACAAUUGUCACUGCCAACAAGUAUUUCUUGGUUGUUCGCACGAUAAUGGCUACGCCCGUAUUCUUGAAGAUCUAUUGGCAGAUCGAGAGCUCCUUGGCCGAAUAACUCUAUUAGAGGGCGUGCCAUUUGAGAAAGAACUCGCAUCUAUAAAAUCUUCCUAUCGCGUGGCAAAGCUUGAUACGCUUUUCAGGAUUUCUAAAAUUCCCCAUAAUAACGGUUCUUCCUUAGAUGUUUGGACUAACACUGUCAAGUCGCUGCCUAUUACAGCUCAAGCUCAGCCAGCAUCUCCCCACCCUAGCCUUGUAAGGGCCAGCUCAAAUUCUAGUGCAUCGCCAGCUUCUGGACAAACAUGGGCCUCUACGACUGCCGCAGCAGCAUCUACUCCAUUAACGGAUUUAACUGCCCAUUCAAAACCUGGAACGCCGGCACCUCGUCAGGUUGAGCGCAAUAAAUUUGGCCAGCGGGUCGAUUCCUUAGAUUUCAAAACCAUACCGAAAGAUGAGCUGAAGCGAGUCAAACGGUUAAAAUUAUGCAAUCAAUACUUUCUACUCGGCGAAUGCCCUAACCUAAGUUGCUAUCAUACACACGACUACAAGCUUACGAAGAAUGAACGAGUAGUUCUACAGGCUGUAGCUAGAAUGACACCGUGCCAUUUUGGAACAGAGUGCGACGAUGCGACAUGUAUCUACGGCCAUCGGUGUCCGCAGAGCGAGAUCGGUAAAAAGGACUGCUACUGGGGGGAGAAUUGUCGAUUUGACAGUUCUGGGCAUGGAAUUGACACCAAUGUCGUCAGGGUUACGAAAGUGUAA